GUGGCAUUGAAAUACGUGACCUUUAUUUUGAAAUGUCUUCACAGCGCAAAACAGUUUGUGGACCUGCGCUAUCCACCGACAAAGCACGAAUGUACACAUCUUUUAAUGUUGUCAGUAAUGAACAUCUGGGAAUUAGUGCACAAAAUGUAGAGUUUUUGCGUUUUUUUUUUUUUUUUUUUUUGUAGGGUGUACAUGUUGAGCUACUUUUAACAAGCCAACGUUUAGCCAAGUUGUGAAUUAGCAGGUUUAUCCGACUAACGAUGGAGCAAUAAAACCUCUGGCUACAAUAUACUCUAUACUUUAAAACAUGUGAUUUAAUUACAAGCUAUUUUAUAAGCAACGUGAAUUUGACUUUACCCUGAUUAACAGAAAAUAAUGACGCUGUAAACACGCGCGGACUGAGCAUAUACAAGCAGCUAAGUGCAGCAGCAGGUGACGUCAUGAUUUUUCGCACAUGCGCACUGGCGGGGAAACCGAAUUCUCCGGAACCGGCAGUAACUCAGAAGCCGAGGAGACAACAUUUCCCGAAGCCAUCCCAGCCAGGCCAUUAAGUCCAUACACAGUAGUGUAAGCGAGGAACACUAGGUCAGGUGGUGUGAAAUGAAUGCGAAAAAAACGUGUUGGACUUUAACAGGAGCGACGGUAGCGUGUGUUCUCGCGCUGUACUUGCACCACAUCCCGCGCUCUGUCGCUGGUGGAGACUCAGGAGAGUUGAUCACCGCUGCUUGUGAGCUGGGGGUGGCCCAUCCCCCUGGAUAUCCUCUCUUUACCAUGCUGGCCUCGCUGACCCUCCGUCUGCUUCCUGCCACUUCUCCUGCACAUGCCGUCAAUGUGCUGUGUGCUGUGCUGGGGGCCAUGGCUAGCGGGGCGCUAUGCUACACUGUCUGCAGAAUGGCUGGGCCUGGUCCGGGAGCUGUGCUGGCAGGUGGAAGCUUCGCUCUGUCCAAACUCGUCUGGCAGUGGUCACUAGUGGCCGAAGUCUUCUCACUUAAUAACCUAUUUGUGGGGUUCCUUUUCUCCCUCUCAGCCUGCUUCCAUAAUGCAGAGACUGUGGACCAGAAGAAAAAGUUUGCUCUGUGGGGGGCGCUGUGCUGUGGAUUGAGUUUGUGCAACCAGCACACUCUGGUUGUGUAUGUGCUCAUCAUCAUACCCUGGUCUCUGCUCCAGCUCUACACUUACAAAGGGUUGUGUUUUUCAGCCAUAGUAUCUCUGGGUGUGUGUUUCCUCACUGGAUUUCUUCCCUAUCUCUACCUGCCAAUUUCCUCAUACCUAAACAAAGCUCGAUGGAGUUGGGGAGACCAGACGACCCUCAGCGGCCUGCUUACACACCUGCUCAGGGCUGAGUACGGCACCUUCAGCCUGGCAAAAUCUGAGGGUAAAGUUAACCUGAUGAAGAUGCUACAAGCUCAGUGUAAUCACUGUAUGGCUGACCUGCCUGUUCCUGUGCUCGUAUUAGCUGUAUUGGCUCUGCUAAAUGCUUUAUGUAAUAGGAGAUGGUGUGCUUUCGUGUGCCUGAUUGCUGUUAUGGUGAGUGUCUAUUCUGUGUUCUUUGCCUGGAGAGCCAACCUGGACAUUGAGAAUCCCCUACUGCUUGGAGUCGUGGAGCGGUUCUGGCUACAGGCUGAUGCUGGUGUGUGUGUUCUGGCUGGUGUGGGGCUGAACUGGACAGUGUGUUUGUUGGAGAGAUGGCUGGGGCUGAGAAAGGUGUGGAACGUGGGAGCCUGGCUCAUCACUGCAGGACUUCUCUCACACACAAUUCACUUAAAUCAAAGAGAGUUUGAUCAGAGUAGGAACGAUGUUGUGGAGAGAUUCGCCCGCGAGCUCAUUUUCUCAUUCCCAGAGAGCUCACUGGUGCUGACCAGGGGUGAUCUUCCCGGUAACACACUCCGCUACCUGCACUACUGCCAGGGCCUGCGGCCAGACCUCAGCCUCAUUGACCAAGAGAUGAUGACCUAUAGCUGGUAUGUGCCUAAGCUGCAACAGCAUCUUCCUGGCGUAAAGUUCCCUGGGCGAGUUUGGGAUCCGGUUAACACUGAACAGAAGAAUAGCUUUAACAUCGAACAGUUUAUCCAGCACAAUAUAGACCGGCCUAUGUUUUUGUGUAUUGGCCUGUCGGAAGGAGACCCAAGUUGGGAGAAGUCCUUCUCCCAGUGGCCGUGGGGGGUCUGUGAGCAGCUGAUGCCCCUUACAAGCCGCCUGCACCCUGUGGAGUGGGUACAGCGCACACAGAAUCUGUACAACUGGAGUGAGCCUCAUAACAGCUUUCCUCCUGGCUCAUGGGAGCGAGUGGCCAAUGAGGAAAUGUGGCAGGCCAGGAUGAAAAUGGCAUUCUUCCUCUUUGACCUUGCUGAGAGGAUGGAGGGAGGGGGUCAGGCUCACCUCUAUGAGCUCUCUUACAAUAUUUAUUGUCAAAUUGUGGGUGCCCAGAUCGACUAUCCUGCUAAUUGGGAUAAGAAUCUGGCUUUGGCUGCUGAGCGCUUGCUCCGUUUAGGAGGAGGACGUCAUGGGCUAGAGUCUCUUCUGAACCACGGUAUUCAUCACUUUAGCCGGUAUAUUGAGAGAGAACCCAUGGACCCUCAGAGCAGCGCCAUCCGUUCCGCCAUCACACACCUCAGCAAGGAGAGGGACAAACUCAGAGACUCACACAGAAAAACACAACAUAGACCACUAUGAAAUUUCAGAAACUUCAGAAAAUGUGAACACGCUUUAACAUAUAUAGCUGUACUGUUUGAGGGAAUAGGAACUCCAGCAAGAAAGGAAUUCCUGAUGCAGAAGCCGGUGAAAAACAGGUUAAAGAAGCAGAAAGAAUGAAAGAUCAAACCAGCCAAUUUCAGUGAGAAUCAUACAGGUCAGUGGUGCCGAUUGAUGCCAGUAUAUGAUGGUUUGUUUUGGUUCUGAUGUUGCACUUAAUAGAUGAACUGAGCUACCUGCUUUUAUUUGGCUAUAUGAUGAUACCAUCAGUUAGGUGUUGAUGAAAGACCUUGUCUUAAAAAGCCAUAUGAUCUUACCAUUUUUGGAAUAUCUUUUUUGCUUUGCAAACACACAGUAGGUGUUGUAAUAACUUUUGAAAAAUAUUAGACACAUUUUUCUAAUAGAGCACUGUUGUCAUUGCUGUCUGAGAUGCUGGGAGGUAUUUUGUAAGGUGAGAUGAAAUACUAUUAAGUGGACCAGGUAGAGGUAAAACAUUUUGAAAAAUAAUGUUUGUUUUCAGUUUGAAUUCACUCUGAAUGUGUGUUAUUUUUGUACCAAAAUAAAUUGAUAUUAUACCAGUGUA